AUGCAGCGGAAUCUUGGAUCCAUCGCCGCGCAGGUACAUAUCGAAAACGUGAUUAUGAAUAUCCUUCCUCUCCCCUCAAAUACCGCUGCUAUUGGACAGGUACAUCGAAAGUCGUCAUCGAUCAGGUCUAGCCGUAGUUUCCCAAUAGAUCGUAGCAGCAGAAAUGUGUCCAAGGCAGCAGCAGAAGAGGGUGCAAUGGAUGGAAGUUACUCGGAGGGACCAGUGGGGAGAGUCGUGUGGCUCCUAACUCAAAGUUAUAGUGUGUAUUUCGGAUUUAACAUAGGUGCGAUGGUAUAUGGCGAUGUUGUAGCGGAUCUUCUGGACAAGGAAGAAAAGUCAAGAGAGGCCUUCGCGAAAGAUGCAGAGGCGCAUGCCUUAGCUAUGGGUAGAAUUAGAAAGGUUUAG